AUGGAUACCUUUGUGCCUACAACUCCGGGUCGGAUCCGACUGAUGCGUGACUACACUUCGGAAGAAGAGGUCAGACAGGCAUUUGCUGUCAGAGGGACGAUGGACGAAGGUCCUGAAUUGGAGACUCCCAGCAGACGCCCGACGGUCUCAUGGUCGGAAUCAAACCUGCCAGAUAGCGACAGGUUCAACAGUUCGCGCCACCAGGGAAUUAGAACCUCUCCAGGCCGGCGGUCCUCUGGCAUGCCUUCUUUGGGAUACCAAUCGAAAACAUCCGGCCGCAGUGUUCCUGCCCAAGCCAACCUGGAAGAGCUCGGAAAGCUGGUCUUUGAUCUUGAACCUGUGGAUGAAAGAAGCUUCCAUGAGCGCUCCCCAAGCACGAUUUCUCGGACCUCGCGUACUACUGCCCCUACGUCAGCAUCAGGCUACACAGUGCUUGACUUCUUCUCCGAAGAUGUAUUCCAAGUCGCCAUGCAUAACCCUGCCACGUUUCACCAAUUGUUGAAAUUCAGCCGAUGGCGGCUGUGCGGCGAGAACUUGGAGUUUCUCGACAAGGUGGACAGAUAUAAUUCGCUCCUGAAUGAGGUUGCGGACAGCAUGUUUGAAAUCCACCGCGACUACAUCUCGGUCGAUGCGGCCAACCAAAUCAACAUUCCGGGCAACCUGCUGAUCAAAGUCAACAGGGAUAUGAAGGCAGCACUGACGUCGACUCUGCCCAAACUCGAGUCGGUCUUUGUCGAUGCGCAGAAGGACAUUGAGAGACUGGUCGCCAUGGAUAUAUAUCCACGGUUCGUCCGACAUCAAAUGACAAUGAGUGCUGUGAAAGCUUUGGCAGACGAUCGACUGCGAUAUGCUGGACUUGGAGACUGUUUUGUUCUGACCGACCCAACAAAGGCGGACAAUCCCAUUGUUUAUGCCUCGGACGGAUUUGUCAAGGUGACGGGCUAUUCGCGCACAGAGAUCAUCCCACGGAAUUGCCGCUUCCUGCAAUGUCGCCAUACCGACAAGUCGGCAGUGGGACGGCUGAGAGAAGCCAUUGUAUUACGGCAAGAGUCGGUCGAGUUGUUGCUGAACCAAAAGAAAUCCGGUGAGCCAUUUUGGAACCUGCUCUACACCACGCCACUCUUCGAUGACCGCGGCAACCUGGUCUUCUUUCUCGGAGGGCAGGUCAAUUGUUCCACCACAAUCCACAAUGCCUCUGAUGUAUUGAAGAUCCUGGCCAUGUCCGACGAGCCAGACAAAGAUCAGGCUAGCAGUUGUGGCACAUCUCUUGACCCGAUCAAACCGCCCUCCCGCGCAAGCAGGUUCUUUUCCUCCUUCAAGGCGAAGUCUUCUCCUGUUCAGUCUUAUCCGCAACCGGGGAUGGAGGAGAGAGUUCUGAGAAGGAUGGAUGGGAUGCAACUGAAGAGACAAAUGGAUACUUUUUAUACGGCUUAUUCCAAGUUUCUGGUGGUCAACUAUUCUACCUUUUUCAUCAGUUUUCACUCUGCUGGCAUUGCCUCCCUCCUCUACGCCCACAGAUCGACCUCAACUUCAGCAACAACCUUGACCAGCCCGACCUCGUCGGCAACUCAGAUCGUGGGCACGGAUGUGUUCCGGUUUCUCUCCGCCCAUUCGCCAACCAAGUUGAGCAGCGAUUUCAAAUCACGUGUACGCAACGCUUUGCGCCUGGGCUCCCCCAUCUCAUUGGAUCUGACUCUGUGCACGCGCCGGUAUAUGGGACACGAGAAGUACGCGGUCCAUUGGACGCCGUUGAAGAACGAAGUCGGCGACGUGGGCUUUGUGGUUUGUACAAUGGGAAGUUUGCGCGAUUGA